GACCGCAUGACCGGAAAUCAUAUUUUGUCACCCUGGGAGGGAGGACAGCUUAGCAAAGCUUCCAAAUUGAUGUGUUAUUUAAUAUAAAAGAAGGGAGGAUGAGCAGCUCAGAGGAGGUGUCCUGGAUAUCGUGGUUCUGUGGACUCAGAGGGAACGAGUUCUUCUGCGAGGUUGAUGAAGACUACAUACAGGACAAGUUUAACCUGACGGGGUUGAAUGAGCAGGUGCCUCAUUACCGCCAGGCUCUGGAUAUGAUUCUUGACCUAGAGCCAGAUGAGGAGCUUGAAGAUAAUCCAAACCAGAGCGACCUGAUAGAGCAGGCAGCAGAGAUGCUGUACGGCCUUAUACAUGCACGUUACAUCCUCACAAACAGAGGCAUUGCACAAAUGUUGGAAAAGUAUCAACAGGGGGAUUUUGGCUAUUGCCCCAGAGUGUAUUGUGAGAAUCAGCCAAUGCUUCCGAUUGGUUUAUCGGAUAUACCGGGAGAAGCAAUGGUGAAGCUUUAUUGCCCAAAGUGCAUGGAUGUGUACACCCCUAAAUCCUCUAGGCACCACCACACGGAUGGAGCCUACUUUGGCACGGGGUUCCCUCACAUGCUGUUCAUGGUGCACCCAGAGUACCGCCCAAAGCGACCCGCCAAUCAGUUUGUGCCAAGGCUGUAUGGUUUCAAAAUCCACCCGAUGGCUUAUCAACUCCAGCUUCAGGCAGCAUCAACUUUCAAGAGCCCAGUAAAGGUGAUUCGCUAGAAGCCAUCUUUAACAAAGACAGUGGACUCAGAGACUUUGUUGUUUACAACUUGCGUGAAGCAAUUGAUUGUGUAUAACCAAUAAAUACCUGUACAGUUCU